AUGAACAGCUCGGCACCAGGACUCCUCUCAACCGUCAACAUCACUAAAAUGGCUCGCUCCGCCCCCAUCUCGCGCAACGUCGGCCGUCUCUCGCGCUCGCAGGUCGCUGCCAAGCGUGGCCUCUUCAAGGGCAAGAAGACCGCCAAGGUCUCGCCCAAGGCUGAGGUCGCCACCACCGUCGAGAAGCAGAUCGGCGGCAAGGCCAACGGCGAGAAGCGCGUCAUCCCCACCCAGAAGGCUUCGAAGUUCUACCCCACCGAGGACGUCCGUGUCCCCAAGGUCUCGCGCAAGCAGGCCGGCAAGACCAAGCUCCGUGCUUCGAUCACCCCCGGCACUGUCCUGAUCCUCCUCGCUGGCCGCUUCGCUGGUCGCCGUGUUGUCUUCCUUAAGCAGCUCGACUCGGGUCUCCUCCUUGUCACCGGCCCCUUCAAGCUCAACGGUGUCCCCCUCCGUCGCGUCUCGCAGGCUUACGUUAUCGCCACCUCGACCAAGGUUGAGAUCGCCGACGUCAAGGUCCCCGAGACCGUCAACGACGCCUACUUCGUCAAGUCCAAGGCCGCCAAGGCUACCAAGGAGGGCGAGUUCUUCGGCGAGGGUGCCGAGAAGAAGACCUUCCCCGAGGAGAAGAAGUCGGAGCAGAAGGCCGUCGACGCCCCCGUUCUUGCCGCUGUCAAGAAGGUCGACAACCUCUCGAAGUACCUCAAGGCUUCGUGGGGUCUCUCGAAGGGCGACCGCUUCCACGAGCUCAAGUUCUAA